AAAUAAUUGUAUAGUUAGAAAGAUUUAACUUGCUCUCUAAGGAAGAAUCUUCAGGUGAAAUUUCAAACAAAUUGAAAAAGGAAAACUUGGGUUUAAAUAUUAUGAUUCACUCAAUACUAAACUAGUGUUUCAUCAUUGAAGGAAGCAUGGCAAUGCCACCAGCAGCGGCUGAGAUUGACGUUGAAAGACCACUUAAUCUUGUCGGAAUUCUAAGUGUUGUCGCUUCUUUCCCCAUAACAGUAUUUAUAAUUUACAUCAUAAGGACUUGUUAUGAAAAAGCCAGAAGGCAGCUCCGACAUCCGACUCAAGACAUUGAGGCCGGCCGUCAAUCCAUGCGGCAACCGGCAGGGACCGUUGUAAUAGACAAGAAGAAUAAUAUCAUUAGCACGCAAGAAACUACAGCCAAAGAAGGAGAGAGUGGAAGCAAGGAUUGUGCAAUAUGCCUGGAAGAACUGAAAGAAGGGGAUCGUUGCAGGAUGUUAAGCAAAUGCCGACAUGUUUACCAUCUUUCUUGCAUCGAUCGAUGGUUGCUUAAGCACUCCCAUUGCCCGCUUUGUCGUGCUUCUAUCUACGUUUCCUGAUCUAACUGCUUUUCUUUGCAUUACAAUUGUUUCAUAUUGUUAUACUUUUAUAUUCGUAUAUAGCAUUUGAUCUGUUCUUCAACAUUUAUCAAUGGAUGCGGUUUUUUCGUUUGAUCC